UCUCAUAACUGUGAGUUCCAUUGCCAAAGGAAGACUUUAAUAUCAAAGACACAAAGCUGAGUUGCCUGCAGAACAACUGACAUCUCUUCCUCCAGCCCAGCUGAAAUACUCGUCUUCUCAGGCACAUGCCACUAUUAUUAAUUACCAUAAGAAGUAGGAACAAGGGGUCUAUUCUCAUACAGCCCAAUAUGGUCACAAACACAUGUCGGAACAAAAGGCCUAUUCUUUGCAUCCUGAUUUGAUUUUCAACAUGUGAUUAUAAUCAUGUGAGCUGCAGACUCUCUCUCUCAUGUGAGUAAGCUGUUCUCUCCCAUCCUCCGUACGUGCAGCCAUAGAAAACUACAUUGCAUAGAAUAAUUAAAAUACAUAAUGGUAGAAUAAGUUUAUACUUAUAAGGGAUUAUUUAGGCUAUAAAAUCUUCAACAACAGCAGGUACGGAAACUGAGAGCAAAUAAGAAGUGCUGAGAUGUUAAAAACUAGGUGUUCAGGCUCUCCAGACUCCCGCUCAGUUUGAAGAAGGUAAAGAUUUUUCCUUUUAAAUAGCUCAUGGAAGUAUUUUUCUCUGCAAGUGUUCGGCUCGGUCAUGUGUUCUAUACAUGAAUACACUGAUCAUCUUUAGUCAUCUUUACACACACCAAAAAUAAAGAGCCUAGUGACAUUGUUCAGACCUAUCACUCACCUGAGCCAGAAGAGGAACCUCACACCAUGGAAGCACAUUCUGUUCCUAGCAUUGUAGAGUCUGUAGGUCAUAAUGGCUCUCAAGCUAUCCUGGACAGUAUGGCUUUGACAGAGGAGGAACGGAGCGCCAUUCAGGAGGCAACAAUUGGUCAGCGCGACAAUCCAAUGUGGCAUUUGUUUAGGAGAGGGAGGCUGACUGCCAGCAACUUUGGAGAUGUCCUAAUGUCAAAGGAUGUGACAGCUGUAGUUAACAAGGUGCUGGGAAAGCAACCAUCCCUGGAGGGUCAUCCAGCUAUAGACUGGGGUAUUGAGAACGAGAGUAAGGCCAUCCAGAAAUUCAUAGAUGAAACUCAGAGGGAAGUCCAGGAGUCCGGCUUGUGGCUGUCUCUGUCAGGAGUGUUGGGAGCAUCUCCAGAUGGUCUGGUGGGGUCGUCUGAAAUAUUGGAGGUCAAGUGUCCCUACAAUGCAAGAGAAAUGACAAUUGAGGAUGCAGUGAAAAUGAAGCGCUUCUAUGUCAGUAAGGAAGGGGAUACUUACAGCUUGCGCAGAGACCAUCGCUACUGGCACCAAGUACAGGGGCAGCUUCACCUCACUGAAAGACAAACCUGCUACUUCGUCGUGUGGACGACAAAAGACAGUGUCAUUAUACCCAUAUCCAGAGAUGACACAUGGCAACCAAACCUGCAGGUCCUGGAAGACCUUUUUAAGACCCACGUGCUUCCAAGGCUGCCAGAAAUUUAAUUGUGAAUAUUUCUCUCUCUCUCUAAAUAUAUAUAAUACAGUAUAUAUAAAAACAGAGCCACUAUACCUCAGUGGUGAGACAAGAAUAUACUGUUAGCCUGAAGAUAAUGAAAUGUUUAUUCUUCUGUCAAUAAAUAUCUGCUUUAAACCCGGUAUAUUGUGUUGAGGUCAUUGGUUUUUGAAUUCAAUAUGUAAAUAUAAUGUCUGACGCUGAGGGACACUUUUAUUUAUAUCGCGCUUUUUUACAGUGUUGCAUUGUUUCAAAUGAGCUUUACAGGAAGAAAACAAAACAAAAAGAAAAACAGAAAAAGUAGAAUACAACAGUACAUGGUAUAAGAAGGGUAAGACCAUUCUAGUAAAGCAAUGUUAAUGGAAUUUACAGAAACUAAUCUAACACCAGCAGUCUCCCGGUGAGCAAGCCAACACUGGCCAGUGGUGAGGAACAACAACUCCAAUGAUGAGAAAAAAAUCUUGGAAGAAACCAUUCUUAUCCGGGAGGGCCAGUGCCCGGAUUUUUGACGGACAAAAAUGGCUGAGUUUAUGGAACUCGUUGAAGAAGAUUACGUGCCAAGGCGAAUAUUUCGCGACAGGGAAAACCCUUUGGAUCGUCUUAGUGAUGAAAAAUUGUUGGAGGAUUAUCGAUUUGAUCGUCGCGGGAUACUUGAAAUAGUUUCCAAAAUUGAGGGCAACCUUGACCAUGUUACGCAGCGUAACCACUCACUUCCUCCGGUGUUACAACUGUUAAUAGCGCUGCGUUUUUUUGCAACUGGGAAAGUCGGUCCAGUCGGUCGUGGGAGAUGUUUUCCACGUACACAAGUCUUCUGUCAGUAGAGUGGUUCACCGGGUUGCAGGGGCUCUUUGCCGUCAUUUAAACCAAACUGUCAAGUUUCCAUCUCGACGUGAAAAAGAGGUCAUUCAAACCAGUUUUUUUCAGAAAGCAGGUUUUCCUCGAAUAAGUGGUGUAAUUGACGGAACACACAUCAGAAUACAGGCGCCCCGGACACACGAAGAUCAGUACGUCAACAGAAAAAACUACCAUUCAAUAAAUGUGCAGUUAGUGUUUGACCAUCUGUGCAGAAUAACAAAUGUCGUUGCAUCGUGGCCCGGGAGUACACACGACUCUAGGAUUUUAGCAGAGAGCAAGAUUGGGAGAGAUUUUGAACCGGGAAUGCACACUGGUCUCCUACUCGGGGACAGUGGUUACCCCUGCCGACCUUGGCUCAUGACACCCUUCAUGAAUCCUCUUAAUGCUGCACAGGCAUGUCAAUUAUAAAUUCUUAUGUCUGUUUUACGAAUGUAACUUUGGUGCCUAAAAGAUUUGCAUGCGUAUGUAAGGUUUGCAAAAAAAUUUAUCCAAUAGUAAAAAACUUAAAGUAUGAUUUUUUUGUAACACCUUUGCACCUUGUCGACCACUAAUUUACUUUCCUGUUAUUUAUCUUAUACCAUUGUUGGUACUGAUGCUGAUCAUGGA